AUGGACUCGGUGCCUUUGGAGCUCCAGAAACUCGUAUUGUGGCGAAUCGUGGGUGCUUUUUUCGCUGUUUCCUUCCUUUACCUUCUGAUCAUCGGUUUUUUCACAUUUUCCGUCUUGCCCAGGUACAAAGUGCCCGAAAACAAGAGACCACCUUUACUGCCACGACCCAGCUUCUUAUCUAGAGGAAGCUUCCAGGCCCUUUCCGCUUCAAAUAGUCCGGAAUCGCUGCCUCAGAAACGCAAAAACGGCUUCUAUCAACAGCCAAACAACAGCAGCAGGUACCUACGCAGAGAUAGCUUUGACGUGGCUAAAAGGCGACAGGGGUACUUGGUCGGGCACAGACUAGCGCUGGCGGUGGUGGUGGUGCAGUUUUUCCGGGAGAUUCCGCCUCAAUUGGGCGAUUUGUCUGUGGUGGCUGUCAUUGACCGUUCUACAGAGGGCUUGGACGGCGCCAUAGGCUUGAAAUACGAGAAUGGCCGCUUAGUGGGCUCACAGGACGGGAACACGUACACUUUGGUGCUGUUUCUGCCGCCCAAUCUUCGAAACUUGGAGUAUUUCACUGUGGAUGCCAUUUUGCUUCAAAGCACAGGCUCCGAAAAGAGCCCCAGGGACUUUGCUGAGUUCGGCAAAACCACGCCGUCGGACGCGUUUGACGACGAGGUGCUAGAGAAGAUCAAUUGCUGCCAAAGCGAUAGGGCUACUCUCAACAGACUCAACAAACGUUCCUGGAGACUACCAGCAAAACCUGCCAAGUGGCUACCGAGUCAGAUUCUCCAGGGCCUCCAUUUCCUCGUAUCUUGCAUUAUCAGCAUUCUAGUCUGUCUUCUAGACGGGCUCAAUUACCCUAUCUGGGGCACCUCGUUGGUGGAGGUAUCGGCUUUCUUCAGACAACUCGACCUCCGUCUUCGCCAGGUUGCAUACUUCCCGGCUCAGUUUCUCUUUUACAGAAACUCUGCCAUUCUUACAGACCCCAGUUCGGACUGGCCUCACUUGUUGCAGCUCCCGCUGUAUAACGAGAAGUACAAUAUCAACAACUCCAACUACAUCAACCUUUACAACUCCAUCUGGCUCAUUGUCAAUGACAUUCUCAUUGGUAUCACCGUCUACAGACUUGCAUCUCAGCGGGCAAACUUGGUGAACUUCCUCAACGUUAACAUACUCAGCGAGAUGGCCUUGAAGUACCUCCGUCUGUUGGUCUUAUGGGUCGCUUCUGAACAUCCAUACGGAUUUAAGCUCAAUGACGAGCUCGGCAAGUUCAUGGGUCUGAUGUUUAUUUGGACGUUGGAUGUCUGGACCUUGGUGUUUGAUCUGGUGCUAGAAAUUGCUCUGAAAGAGCCAUACUCAACGGUCCUCGCAGGCCUAAUCAAAUGCAUCUGCUACAUGGGUGUGCUGUUCCUGAUAGCCGCUUUUACUGACUAUAUUGCUGUGGUGACCCUUCAUAUCCACUUCUUCACAAUCGUGACCACCAAAGUGUACCAUCGCCAGACAGAGGCGCUCAAGUCGCUAUGGCAGUUAUUCCGGGGAAAGAAGUACAAUGUCUUGCGUCAUCGUAUCGACAACCUCGACGAGGAGCAGUUUCGUGUGGAUCGUUUGCUUUUGGGAACACUUCUAUUCACCAUCUUGGUGUACUUGCUCCCAACGACGUUUGCCUUCUACUUGCUUUUCUACGCAGCUAAAGCCAUCAUCUUCACGGUUGCUAAAUGGUGUGCUAAGCUUCUUGUGGUGUUAAACAUGUAUCCAUUAUUUGUGCUUCUCCUCAAGCUUAAGAACUCACGCCGUUUGCAAGGUGGAAUUGUUUUUGAGUCUCUAGGAGGCUCCAAGUCCACCAAUUGGCUCCUCAUGAGCAACAAGGCGCUCACAAGAGACGAAAUAUUCGUCAACUUUUGGCACGUUCUCCGGAACGAGGGCAAGGUUGAACGUAUAUUUCUAAACUUCGCUCAGGGCCGUCCCAUGCGUGUGAGGAACACAAUCUCUAUGAAGUUUCAUUACCUUAGGCUUCCAGCGCGGUAUGAAAUGUUGCGGGAUCUCUGGCAGACUCGCCGGCCAACCUAA